GGCAACGGCGGGGCGCCGCGGAGAGCCGGUUGGCCGGGGCCUGAAGGGCCGCCAGGGCCGGGUAGAGGGAGGAGGCAGCCGAACCGCGUCGCUGGGCCGGGCUGGGCCGAGCCGAGCGCCAGCGAUACCUGUUCGGCAACCGGAGCCCGGGCCCGAGCUGCGGCCGCCGCCGCCAUGCGCUGGAUCCGCGCGCUGAUGAAGAAUGCAUCCCUGGCAGGGGCGCCCAAGUACAUCGAGCACUUCAGCAAGUUCUCCCCGUCCCCGCUGUCCAUGAAGCAGUUUCUGGACUUCGGGUCCAGCAAUGCCUGUGAGAAAACCUCCUUCACCUUCCUCAGGCAGGAGCUGCCUGUGCGCCUGGCUAAUAUCAUGAAGGAGAUUAACCUGCUUCCCGACCGAGUGCUGAGCACCCCCUCGGUGCAGCUGGUGCAGAGCUGGUACGUCCAGAGUCUCCUGGACAUCAUGGAGUUCCUGGACAAGGACCCUGAGGACCACCGAACCUUGAGCCAGUUCACCGAUGCCCUGAUCACCAUCCGGAACCGCCACAACGACGUGGUGCCCACCAUGGCGCAGGGCGUGCUGGAGUACAAGGACACCUACGGCGACGACCCCGUCUCCAACCAGAACAUCCAGUACUUCCUGGACCGCUUCUACCUCAGCCGCAUCUCCAUCCGCAUGCUCAUCAACCAGCACACCCUGAUAUUUGAUGGCAGCACCAAUCCAGCCCACCCCAAACACAUCGGCAGCAUCGAUCCCAACUGCAGCGUCUCCGAGGUGGUGAAAGAUGCCUACGACAUGGCCAAGCUCCUGUGUGACAAGUAUUACAUGGCCUCACCCGACCUGGAGAUCCAGGAGAUCAAUGCAGCAUCCAACUCCAAACAGCCAAUUCACAUGGUCUAUGUCCCCUCCCACCUCUACCACAUGCUGUUUGAACUCUUCAAGAAUGCCAUGCGAGCAACUGUGGAAAGCCAUGAAUCCAGCCUCAUUCUCCCACCUAUCAAGGUCAUGGUGGCCUUGGGUGAAGAAGAUCUGUCUAUCAAAAUGAGUGACCGAGGUGGGGGUGUCCCUUUGAGGAAGAUUGAGCGACUCUUCAGCUACAUGUACUCCACAGCACCCACCCCCCAGCCCGGCACUGGGGGGACCCCGUUGGCUGGCUUUGGGUACGGGCUCCCCAUUUCCCGCCUCUAUGCCAAGUACUUCCAGGGGGACCUGCAGCUCUUCUCCAUGGAGGGCUUUGGGACUGAUGCUGUCAUCUAUCUCAAGGCCCUGUCCACGGACUCAGUGGAGCGCCUGCCCGUCUACAACAAGUCAGCCUGGCGUCACUACCAGACCAUCCAGGAGGCCGGCGACUGGUGUGUGCCCAGCACAGAGCCCAAGAACACGUCCACAUACCGUGUCAGCUAGGGGCCACCGCCCUCAGCUGCACCUGAGGGGAUGGGCCGCUGUCUCUGGGCCUGGCCACCACGGUGACCCUCCCUAUCCCCCCAGGCUCUCCCUGAUGACCAGCUGUGUCUCUGUGGAAAUCACUGUGGUGACCAGGCUGUAGUGGCCCCUAAAGUGCCAACCUCUGUCUCCAUGGAGACCCCUAGGCAGUCUCCAUGGUGCCCAAGCUCUGUGGGUGAUGCCUGAGGACUGGGGGCUGUUUCCAUCCUGAUGGGGUGCCCCAGAGAUACAUUUCCAUGGCAGUCUUCCUCUCUGAGACCAGAACUGCCACUUUUCUGCCAGGGCUCCAGGCCCCCUUCACUGCCCUCUGCAGCCCUGGCCUCCCAGUGGACGCCCCUGCUUGCCUUAUUCCCCUGGCCCAUACAGGCACCUGGCCCUGCUCUGGUGUCAGUUAGCAAAGGGCCCGGCACCCUCCAGAUCUGGGGUAGUCGGCUGGGGAAGGGGUUGCACUGUUGGAUGCCUGGUCUGGGCCCUGGUCUUGGGCCCUCUGAGCUGGGAGGUCGUGGCUGGGAGAAGGGGGGCUUCCCUGAAAUGCCAGAAACCUGGGAGGACCCAGAGGUCCACCACCUAGCCAAGCUGCUGGAAGCCCCCCAGGUGGCCCCAGCAACGUUUCUGCCGCCUCCCCAGCCCUUCCCAGCAUGUCCUCACAUGCACUCGCCCACCUGCCCACCAUACACCCCCCCACGGUUCCACGUGAGCUCCAGACCCCAGCUGCCGUUGUGCCCAGACAUGUGCGUGCUGGGGCUGGCUUUCUCCCUGGAAUGCUCUAUGUACAUAGCUAGUUUUAUAGCCUGAAUCCCCCUUAGCACACAGGGGGUUAAAGCUGUGUGUUCUUCGCUGUGGCUGUGAUGGCAACAGUGACAUCCACAGUAAAGAGGAGAUCCGCUGA